AUGGGCCUUAACUACAUGAGUCUACUUACUCUGAGCAAGGCCCCGUUCUACGGCAUCGUCCCUGGAAAUUCUUCCACACCAAUCGGCUCGGUCACUCUUCCGGUCACAUUUGGUAUAGAACAGAACUUUCGGACGGAGUACAUCAAGUUCGAUGUAGCCGACUUCGAAUAUUCUUACCACGCUAUCCUGGGGAGACUAGCGCUAGCUAAGUUUAUGGUAGUACCACAUUAUGCGUACCUGCUCCUCAAGAUGCCGGGUAACACAGGAGUGCUUUGCCUACCUGGAGACCUCCUCAAGUCAUUUGAAUGCGACAAGAAAGCAAUAGAUCAUGCUGCUACAAUACAAGUUCCCAGCUCUGUCAGUGAAAUACUUGCUGCCGCUAAGGAACUCUCGCUCAAAGAGUCGAUGCCCUCCAAGAAGCCAAGCCAGUCGUCAGUCAAGCCAAUUGGUGACAUGGGCACCAAGACUAUCCAGCUACAAGAAGGAGACGACUCCAAAACCGCUAUCAUUGGAGCAGGUCUGGGCGACAAAUAG